AUUCAGUGCUGCGCUAUUAUAGUGUGUUGUAUUUCCGCUUUUAUGUUCCAAGAAGAUGAGUGCAAAAGAGGGCCAGUUAAAAGGUAAUUCAAAUACCAAGUUUAACACAGUGAAAGCAUUCAUUAUGAAACUCAAAUGGGAGUUUAAUUUUUAAUAAAAAAAAUUUUUAGCCUUUUCCUCCUUUGAACAUUAAUGAAUUGAUGACUCCAUCAGUCACUGUGUUACUUGCUAUAUAUUUUCGUAACGGCGUUUCAUGCGCGCCAGUGUGUUAGAAAGGGAAAAACGAUCCGCAAAUAAUAAGGAUCGAAGAGAAGAGAAGACAGAGAAGAGGCGGCAUGGUUCAGACGAACCCUACGAUCCCGAGGAAGAACCUGAACCGAAGAAAAAACAUUCAGAAAAUAAAACCAGUGAUGCAUCUAAAAACAAACCAAACCAUGGCAAAUAUUCUAUUAUUCUAAGUAAACCAGGCAAAAAAGAGCCUGUCUUAAAGAAAAUGACUGUUGCUAACAUGUUUAAUGCUGAUAGCUCGUCCGAGGAAGACGAAAUGCCUCCUGAAGCAAGAAUGAGGAUGCGUAAUAUUGGAAAAGAUACUCCAACAGCAGCAGGUCCAAAUUCUUUUGGAAAAACGGGUAUGGGAUUUUGUAAUAGGCAAAGAAUAAUAGAAAAGGAACUUGAAGCUCGUAUGGAGGCUGUUUCUGGAGAUAAUGUUGGUAACUGAGAGUGUUUUUUAAUUGUUUGGUAUCAAUUUCAGCAUAUUUCUUGCGUUGUUGUUUGUGACUUUUCUUAAGCGGUCAUAGAUAUUUUUUGAAAGUGAAUGGUUCUGUUAAAUAGAAUCUGAUCAGAAAAAAGAUCCUGACUGGUUACCUAAUUUUUUCUAAAUUCAGACUUGUAUUGGCUGCUAGAUGUCUAAUAAAUUAAAACUAUUUUAAAAAAUUAAUUUUUCUGUAUUAGCCUAUAUUAGUAUAUCUUUUAUCUUUUUAAAACAAACUAAUAUUCACUAGUAGAAAAUUACUUAAAAUUUUCCAAUUUUAUUUUAAAAUAACAAAUGUAUAUUUUUGGAUGAGCAUAACUGUAUCAUUUCUUCUUUGAAAUAUUCUUUAUCACUCUCUACAGUUAUCCUCAUUAAAGACAGCAGAU